AUGGCCCCCGGCGGUCUGCCGUGGGAAAUUCCCGGUACGUUGGGCAAGCAGGUUAGCGGCAGCGGUGGCAGGUUUCUCGCACCAGUGGCGCCGCUGCCAUCGGCCCGUGGCAGCCCAAAUUGGGCCGAGUUUGGAACGCAAAAUUCCGAAUGUCGGUCAGAGACGCUUUGGAGCUACACGAAGUCGUCGUUAGACAUAGGAAACAUGAAUUCCUUCUCCUGCCCUUAUCCUGCCCUGGUGCUGGUGGGUUCAGCAUGUUUAUCAUAUGGUAUGCGG